CGCGUCGGCGCCGCGUCGUCGGGUGUAUGGACGCCGUUGCGGUCAGGAUCAGUGCCGGGUGACAAAACAAUUCGGUCUCCCCGCGAUCGCUCGAUAUCGACCUGCGAACUUCGACCUGCUCUCGAGGCGGCGAAUCCCCGCGGGACGCCGAACAGGCGUGAAUACGUCGCCCGAGGGAGCAGCCCAGGAAUCUUUCGUUUUAACCUCGUGUGCGGAAUUCGUGCAACGAACGAGGAAAUGUCGCAGGACGACGACGUUGGAUUCCUGUACAAAACGAUGAUUGAAAGGGACCCUAAGAAGAGAAGGGUAAAGCCGGUUGAAUCGGCGCAGCAGUCUUUGCUCGACUUCGAUCUUGGUGAGAGCUCAGAUGACAGUGAUUUUAGGAUUGAGGAUCAUUGCGAAGAGUCAGACGACGAUUCUGUGGACUCUAAUGGGAAAGAGGAAGAUGCAUCUGAAGAUUCUGACGAUUCGUUGGGAGAUCCAUUAUUAAGAGGAAAAGAUGGUACUAAUUUAACUGUGGGAGAUGUGAUUGAACAAGCUCGUCAGCAAGCUCUAAAAGGUGCUCCUCUCGAUGAUAAACUAAGUAAAGUCCUAAUUUGCUGUGGCUGCUUAGGAGAUAGGAGUGACGAUAUAAACGAGAUUGUUGAAUGCGAUGGUUGUGGAGUCAGCGUUCACGAAGGUUGUUAUGGAGUAUCUGAUGUGGAAAGUUUUUCCAGCACCGAUUCCUUGUGCCAAUCAGCGCCGUGGUUUUGUGAAGCUUGUAGCGCAGGAAUCGAAAAUCCAUCAUGUGAGCUCUGUCCUAACAAAGGUGGAAUUUUUAAAGAAACAGAUGUCGGAAAGUGGGUUCAUUUAGUAUGUGCCCUUUAUGUGCCUGGUGUUGCUUUCGGUGAAGUUGAUCGUUUAUCGAGCGUAACAUUAUUCGAAAUGGCAUACAGCAAGUGGGGUGCAAAAACAUGUUCUUUAUGUGAGGAUUCGUGUUACGCACGUACAGGUGUAUGCAUCGAAUGCGAUGCCGGAAUGUGUCAUACAUAUUUUCACGUGACUUGUGCGCAAAGAGAAGGUUUACUGUCUGAAGCACACAGUGAAGAAGUCGAUCAAGCUGAUCCAUUCUAUGCACAUUGCAAAUUGCACUCCGAUAAAUCUCUCGUUCGUAGACGUAGACGUAAUUGGCUGGCUUUACAAAUGCGCGCACAGUAUCGGCAGCAGAUGUUGAAGCAACCGAAUCAUUUAGAUUCGGACGAGCAACGUAGGAUUCAAAGAAAAUUGGCCAAACACAGACACAAGUAUUUAGCUCACAAGUCGUCGCGUCCACCACCAUGGGUACCUACGCAAAAAAUGCCACGUUUAUUAACUACAUCUGCUUCCGCUUGCCGACAAUUGGCAAAAAAGGCUGAAUUAAUGGGCGUAGAUACAGCUGCACUGGAAGCACAAGAGUCUCAGUUAGUGGCAUUGGUCGAUGUUAGGAAAAAAUGGCAUAUCGCUCCCGCUUUCAGUGUAGAAUUUAUUGGUUAUUAUUUGGAUCGUAAUUUACGCGUGACGUCAAUGAAGAGACGGCUGCAAGAACUUCUCGACAUCAACUCGCAGUUAUUGAACGAACAACAGAGACUAGACAAAAAAUAUGAUGAGGUGAUGAAGGAUAAUGAGGAACAGAUUAGAGUGAAUGUGACGCUGAAAGAAAAGAUCGAGUUGUAUCAUCAAGUACUUAAAAGUGCCGGUUUCGUGAAGCCUCUGCCAUCAAUCACCGAUUUGGUGAAACCAAGAAUAGCACCCACGCUUGGUACAGGAUUAGGCGUGCCUACGGCUGCUGCCUUGAAAAUGGGUGUUGGAUUUCCGCUCCUCGUAGGUAAAGGUGCCGAAGGUAUACGCGAAGGUAGAGUGUUGAGCAGUCAAGCGCAAGAACAAAAUCACAAAAGCGAGCUGACAACUUUGCGACAUCAAUGCGGCAUUUGUAGACGAUCGACUAAUCAACAUCUUCUUGCUAAAUGCGACACGUGCCAUUUGCACUAUCACCUAUCUUGUUUGAGUCCGCCUUUGACGCGGAUGCCUAAGAAAACAAGACAGAUGGGAUGGCAAUGUUCCGAAUGCGAUAAGGAAUCCUCGGGAUCAGAAGUGGAACGUGUGGAUACUUCAGCACCACGCAAACUGAGGCAUUGUAAGGAUGAGGCUAACUCGACACCUACACCGCUGCAGGAAGUGCAAGCAACUAUCAUACCAAGCACGCCUACUACAUCCAAAAAUUCUACCAGUAAUGUAUCGAACGUUACUCCUGACACACAUACAACAACACCAAAGCUAACUAUUAAACCAAUGGGACCUCAACCGUCAUCCGUAGAACUUACACAAGAAUCGGUGUACAAUCAGCAAUCUGUUAAUAAUAUCACCAUAAGAGAAGGAUCACCAGAAUAUAUGGUAGCUUCAGCGGAUGGAACGGAAGUGGUUUCUCAAAGAAGUGGAAAAAAAAGAAGAAGGGAAAAGCAUAAAAGAUAUUCCCCGGAUCCGAUAACUGGGAUCAAACAGAGAAAAAGAAAGCAUAAAAGAAAAAGUUUAGAUAUAGAGAAUCCAGAAGUUCAAAGCCAUCCAGAGAUUCACAGAAGGAUCACAAUAAAAAUAAAGCCGAUUCGUCGACCGGAAGGACACACAGACUCGGAAUCAAGCCCGCAAAUGUUCGUAGCAUCAUCAAGCACUGAAAUUACAUUGCCACCGCCACCUGUACCACCUCCGGCUACAAAUGUGCCUCCCGUGAAUGUAUCCGUGAAUAGCAGUAGUCGACUGUCGACGGGAACGAAGAGAGGGAAAGAUACGGACCUUAUGACGCAGUGUAAUGUCUGUGAUACUUCCGGCACCAAUCAAAAUCUCGUUAUGUGCGACGAAUGUAAGAAAUGCUAUCACUUUACGUGCUUAGAUCCUCCAGUGAAAAAAUCUCCAAAAAGGAGAGGCUAUUCGUGGCACUGUGCCGACUGCGAUCCUAGUGAAUAAACUGUUUUCAAUCCUUGGUACUAACUUAGUAUCGCAGCGAAUCACACAGGAAUAAUGAUUAAUUACCUGGUACAUCCGCAUCUCUUCCAUCUCCCGGUUUCGACGUCUGCCGGACAUCCAACAAUUUUAUAGUCAUACCAUCCAACUUGGUUUUUAACGGGUACAAUCCUACAAGAGCACGUUGCAGAUCGUAAACAUUCUUCGCCGUCAUCUCAUCCCAUUUCACUAAAGAGAUCUUUGAUGUAAUUUUAGGUGCUACAAAGUAUAAUCAUCAAGAAAAAAAUUAAUGAAUAAUUUGAAUAGUUGAAACAUUGAUGUAUCUUGGCUGUGUUUCGAUAUAUAUCAGUACUGAAAAUCUAUAGUAUAUGUUAUCUAUGUUAUAAAUUUUUAGUACUGGUAGUGUAUUGGAAUGGAGCUUCUGUUACUUAGCAAAAAAAACAUUACCAUAUGUUAUGCCUGAUUUUUCCUGAGAUUUCGAGGAAGAUAAUACUUGUGGCAAUUUUCCUAUCACAUCAAUCAAAACAUUCGCACCCAGCUUUGCUAAUUUCAUAUCCAAUUCUGGUCGAGUUUCAUCUGCAUGAAUAUCAACCUUUUCCUGUGUUACUAUGUCUCCAGUAUCAAACCUGCAGUAAUAUAGAGAGUUAUUGAAGAAUUGUUUGUCGAUUUAAAUGGUGCAGUCCAGAUAAUAUUAAGAUUGGUUUGUUCGCGUUGCUUGAAAAAUUUUUGCAUUUAUGAAAUAAAUAUAUAUUCAGGCGUUGGAGGGAGAGAGAGAGAGAAAGGAAAAAUGUUGAGUACAAGCAACAUGAACAGACUAUAAUAUCCUUCAACUGAUAAAAAUGACUCUUGACAUUCAUUUAUCAAAGAGUUGAAGAGAGAAAUGUAAAAUAUGUAUAAUAUAUUUGAUAAAAUCUUGUGUUAGAAAGAAAUCUUUAUAUUGUAUACUCUGGCACUUCAUCUAUCAGCUGAAACAUAUUUUUUAUAAACAUUUUUUAAAAAGCUUUACUUUUCUGCCACUUUUAUGACUGUAAUUCCUGUCUGCGUGUCUCCUUUAAUUAAGGAAUAAAUUGUUGGAGCUGCUCCUCUCCAUCGUGGCAAUAUACUACCAUGAAUAUUUAACAUACCACUGUGACAGAAGAUAGAUACAUUAUUCAUGUAUUAUAACAAUCUAUGUUUAUAGACUGGACAUGUUAGAGAUAAAUAAAAUGACUUACAGUGGAAA